AUGGAAUCCAAGAAUCCAAGAAAGCCUGAACAAAACAGCCUUCACUCCUCUAAAUCUUCAAAUAUAUUAAACGUCAAAAGGAAAAGUUUAGGAGAUCUUCCACAAAAAAAUUCUCACAAAGGAGUUCUUGUGACUUCAGGCACCUCAUCCCCUCAACUUAGUUUUUUUUUGCAUGAAAAAUCUCCUGAUAAAUCAAAAUUAAGAAAUAUUCGUUCAAGUUCUGCAUCUCGGCAAGCAAAAUUAAAUGUUUCUAAAACUGAAUCCAAACGACUAAUACUAAAACCUGGUUUACCAAGCAGAAUUACUUCUCCACAAAAUGAUAGUUUGAGUGGCUCAUCAAACUUAAGCAGCGCUAUUUCAAGAAGUAAUACUAAUUCAAGGUUAAAAGUGCCAAUAUUUACGAAUUCUUUGGUAAACGAAAUAAAUCAAGUCCGUCGAAAUCCGAAAGCCCCAAUCCGAAGACCAUUUAGAUUGAGACCAGGUAGUGGACAACGCGCCGGGAACCUCUAAGUAAGGACAGAAGCCUGUCCAGAUAAUGUGGUAUUGGACGUUAAACGAGAGAUAAUAUAUAGCUAACUAAGUGUUAAUAAAUAAAUCCCAACAAAAUUAAUGCAGAAGUGUAAAAUUCAGGAUUCUAAAUCUGAUCCAGAAGCUCUUGAUAUGAAACUAUCGCAGGAUCUUGCUGCUUGUAAAGGCUCAGAAGAUCUAAAAUUCAUGGCUUAUCAAAAAUUAUUUGAUGAAAUCAUCAUAAAUGAUAAAGAAUUUAGCAAAUUGCUUAUGAAAAUUAAAAGUGCAUACGAAAAGAUGAUUUCCAAAAGUUAUUAUGACGACUCAAAAGAAAUAAAACGAGAUAACAUAGAGCUCACCUUAAAACUCGAAGAAAAAAACGCUUUAAUUAGUAGUCUUGAAAAAGAAAAAUUAGAAAUUUGAAAGGAGUUAAAAAAACUCAAAAAAGAAUUAAACGCAUUUAAAUAUGAUGAAAAAGAGCCUUCAAGAUUAAGCCAAAAUAAAGAAAUUUCUGCAUUAGAAAAAGAAAACAAAGAUCUGCUUAAAAGAGAAAAAAAAUACUUACUCCCCCUCCGUGAGUGAGCAAAAAAUCUUGUUCACUUAAUUUUUUUUUAAAAAAAAAAUUAUAUAUAAAUUUUGGAGAACUUUUUGGGACGGCAAAAAUACUGCAAGGCUCUGCAAAAAACUGCAAGGCCAGUAAAAAAAUGGCAAAGCCAAUCAAAAAAAAAAUGCAAAACUUGCAAAAAUUUUGCAAGUUUUGCAAAAACAUUGGACAAAAGCAAAAGCAAUUUAAAAAAAAAGCAAAGCCAUGCAAAAAUUUAAAAAAAAUGAAAAAUUUCGCAAAGCAGGCAAAACUUUUGCAGGGUGGCAAAAAAGUUGCAAAAAUUGGCAAAAAUCACGAUUAGAAAAUUUAACAGUAAAAUUUAAUAAUUUAUUGGAAGUGUAGUACAAUGUUAAAUUAUUUAAAAAACAUAUAAUAUAGAAAAAAUAGAAAUUAAUUUCGUGAAAUAAAUGCUAAAGUUUAAUACAAAUAUCUUUUAAAGAAUUUUCUAAAAGCAUGACUUAAAAAUUUUAAAAAUUUGGAAAAUUUAAUUUUGGCAAAAUUUUAAAAUGAGAUACAACAAAGUGUUUUGCCAAAAUUAAAUUUUCCAAAUUUUUAAAAUUCUUAAGUUAUGUUUUUGGAAAAUUCUUUAAAAGAUAUUUGUAUUAGACUUUAGCAUUUAUUUCACGAAAUUAAUAAUUUCUUCGGGACAAAAUGGCGUUUUUCGCGCCAAAGUGAAAGGAGUUAUCCUGAGUUGCUUUUGAGAAAAAGCAAACAGUAAAGGUGAGGAAAUAUGCGUCAGCAUAAAUUCUUGCAGUGAUGAAUUAUUUUUUUGGGCUUGAAAAGUUGCAGAUGUGUAGUUUUUCUAAUGGCCGAUUUUGGAGGAAUGCAAAUCGGUGAUUCAUUGGGAUAAAACUCGGCCUCUGUAACCUUGAAAAGUCCUUCUGUUGUUUUUUAUUGAAAUUGAAGUUGGUGUUGAAGUUGAUGUUGAUGUCGAUGUUGAUGCUGAUGUUGGCAUGUGCUGAUGCUGGUGUUGAUGUUUGAUGUUGACGUUUGAUGUUGAUGCUGAAGUUAUGAAGUUUACAAAGUUUAUGAGGUUUAUGAAGUUUUAGAAGUAAUUGGUCUCUUAUGAGGCGAUAACCGUUAAGUAUUAGUAUUAGUAUUUCACGAAAUUAAUUUCUAUUUUUUCUAUAUUUAUAUGUUUUUUAAAUAAUUUAACAUUGUACUACACUUCCAAUAAAUUAUUAAAUUUUACUGUUAAAUUUUCUAAUCGUGAUUUUUGCCAAUUUUUGCAACUUUUUUGCCACCCUGCAAAAGUUUUGCCUGCUUUGCGAAAUUUUUCAUUUUUUUUAAAUUUUUGCAUGGCUUUGCUUUUUUUUAAAUUGCUUUUGCUUUUGUCCAAUGUUUUUGCAAAACUUGCAAAAAUUUUGCAAGUUUUGCAUUUUUUUGCUUGGCUUUGCCAUUUUUUUACUGGCCUUGCAGUUUUUUGCAGAGCCUUGCAGUAUUUUUGCCGUCCCAAAAAGUUCUCCAUAAAUUUUUAUAUAGAAAAAAAUUGUUUUGGGAAUUUAAAAAAAUCUUAAUUCGCAAAAAUUUGAAAGCAAUUAUUUAUUUAAUUAGUAAAAUUUAAAAUUUAACAGAAUUAGCUCUAGAUUUCAUUAUACUAAUUAUCACAAUUAUAUAUCAAAAAUUUUUUUCGCUCACGGAUGGUAGGUUUUUGGGCAAAAAAUAGGGAUUUUUCUAAUGAUUUUGUUCGCUCACGGAGGGGGAGUUAAAGCUUUUUUCUCUAUUAAAAUCCAAAGGAUAUCCUAUUGACGAAGGAUUCGCCUUUCUAAACUCUAAAAAUCAUAACUCCCCCUCCGUCGGCAAACAAAAUUAUUAGAAAAAUCCCUAUUUUUGCCCAAAAACCGCCCAAUUUUGUUUAUGAAAAAAAUUUUAUAUAUGUAUAAUAAUUAUUAUAACGAAAUCUCUAGCUAAAUUCUGAUUAAUUUUAAACAGCUUGCUUUUUAAAAUAUAAAUUUCGCAAUUAAAUUAAUUCUUUUUGCUUCUCAUUUUUAACAAAUUGAAAAUUUUUUUAAAUUUUGAAAAAUAAAAAUUUCUAUAAAGUUUACAUUUAAAAAUUUUUAAAAAAAUAAAUUAAUUCUAGGCGAGUAAACAAAAUUUUGUUGUUCGCUCACAGAGGGGAGGGCUAAGAAGCUUUCAGAUUUUCUUAAUAAAUCAAAAGAAAGCAUUAACGAAACUGUAUAUAGCAAUCGUCAAGAAGAUUCAGAAGGAAGCAGUACAGCUUGUGAGAAAAAAUCAAACAGGAUUAAGCCUCCACAUUGCAAUCGCCCAAAUCUAUGCUCCACAACUCCAGUCCCAAAACUUUCUUCAUUUAACUCUACCCAAAUGAGUUUUCAAGAAGAAUUUAUGUCAAAUUAUGAUAAAUUUUCCGAAUCUUGGCGUGGCCAAAUUCCCAAAAAAGACAUUCCUUUAUAA